AAACGAAUUCUCUACUGAUUUUGGGUGAUUUUAGCAAUGGCGAUGGCAACAUCGAUGACUUUGAAUCUAGUUGGGGCAUUCAAAGGCUUGUCUCUCUCUUCAACCUCGUCUUUUCUCAGAGGCGAUUUGAAUUUUAGCCCCAAAACAACUUUCACUGUUACUCUUCCUUUGGAAAAUCUUCAAGCUCCGAUUCCGUUGACGAUUGAGUCUGCCCAUAAGAAAGGAGCUGGUAGCACUAAGAAUGGUCGUGAUUCUCCUGGGCAACGACUCGGCGUCAAGAUUUACGGUGACCAAGUCGCUAAACCUGGCGCCAUCAUUGUUCGUCAACGUGGCACUAAGUUCCAUGCUGGGAAAAAUGUUGGGAUUGGUAAAGAUCAUACCAUCUUCUCUUUAAUCGAUGGAUUAGUCAAGUUUGAGAAGUUUGGCCCUGACAGGAAGCAGAUAAGUGUGUAUCCAAGAGAAAUUGUGCCAGAGAAUCCCAACAGCUACAGAGCAAGAAAGAGAGAGAAUUUUAGAUUGCAAAGGGAGAAGAAGAAGGCGAGACGUGAGAAUUACACUUACACACUUCCUACACCUGAACUUGUUCUUGCAUCUGCAUCAAUCGAUGAUGCUGAAACCAAUCCGGAGUGCUAGAAGAUCGAAUGUGAAGUUUUCCUUGUCUCUUUUUAUGUUUAGUCUUGUUCAUGAAAAUGAUCCUUUUGCUAACUUUACAAGAAAAGCUUUGUUUCAAAGUUUUAAGAGUUGUUGUAUGUGUCUAAAUCCAAGCCUCUCUUUUGUCAAAUUGAGUCCAAGCAGGCGAAUUUUUACCCAACUCGAGUUACAAGUGUAAUCAAAUGGGUUAUUUUUU